UAUGUGUGAGAUUGUCACAUCGCUUAGCCGGCUGCGUGCAGUGCACAAAAUAUUUAAAUGGCAUCGUUGAGUAAUUUAAAGCAAUGUCACAAAUUCAACUCGCCCACAAGUGGUGGGCGCAAUUAUAACUAUGUCGCCGAGUUGGACAAUUAUCCAGUUAUCAACCUGAAGCCAGAACUAAGCGGCACAACGUUCUCACAACGCUUCACAGCAGCACAAAGUUUCAUACCGGACGAAAGCGAAAGCGUGCCAAAGCGCAUUACGCGGGCAUUUUUCGAUGGCGGCUUCUUGGAGUCCCUGGCCGAGGCGCGCAGCCCAAGGACGCGUGAACAAAUGCCAAUGAUUAGCCGAACAGCGGACUGCAUUGCCGAUCUGCUGGAACGCUACAAUUCCCUGCAAUUGAAUCUGUGUCCCCACAAAGGCGAAUUGAAUGCGGAGCGCAUUGCACAAUAUGUGGAAACAAGAGACUGGAUAAAUAGCGCUAUCCGCUGCAUGGCCUGGCACUGUGAUCUCUUUAAAUUAGCAAUCGCCGGCGUUGACGAUAUGGUGCGCAUCUAUAUGCGGCGAAUAGACAACAAUGGACAGCCCUUGGUGCUCAAGAGUCCCGCCCAGACGCAGAUCACGUGCAUGGCCUGGCGUCCGAUGUGCCCCUUUGAGCUGGUCGUGGGCUGCCAGCAGGGUUUGUGCUUCUGGACCAUUGAUGGCAAUUUGCAUUUGGGGCGCAUCACGAAUCCCAGCCUAGUUUUGAAACAUCCAAACAAAGUGCCCAUUAGCACGCUGCAGUGGUCGCAGGAUGGCACACUGCUGGCCACCGGUUCCAUUGCUGAUCCUGAUAUACUCAUCUGGCAGAUAGACAAUGGCAGCAUGCUGCCGCUGCGUCGCAUUGGUCCGCCUGGCUCGCUGCUCAAGUGGUCGCCGGACAACGAAUGGCUCUUUGCCAGCACCGUGGGUCGUGUGUUUCGUGUGUGGAAGUGCAACGAGCGCUGGACAACGGAUCGUUGGGUGUGCAACGAGGGCAAUGUGCAGGCCGCCUGCUGGUCACCCUGCGGUCGCUUUCUGCUCUUCGCCAGCACCGCCGAACCCAUCCUGUAUCGCAUAGAAUUCGUACAGCUGCUGCUGGGACCCACGAAGGGCUCCGAUGACAAGGAAGUGGUGCCCGUGGCGGAUCUGAAUGCCAUUCCCUUGGAUGGCAGCAACACCAAUCUCAUUGGCGGCGCCGUGCAGCAGCUAGCCUGGGAUCCACAUGGCAAAUUCCUGGCCAUCACAUUCCGUUCGACAAAUGCGAUUGCCAUAUUUCGGACAUUCAUACAGAAGUUUGGACUGCAAAUAUCCGUGGGCUAUUAUCUGUUGGGUGACACGCCCACUGAGUAUCCCAGCUAUGUUUGCUUCCAGCCGCUGAACAGGGAAAACAAUCGAACGGUGUUGGCCAUUGGCUGGUCAACUGGUCGCAUACAGUUUCAUGCUUUGGAAUGAUUCGAGUUGAUUUUAAUAUUUAUUUUUUUUGGUUUUCUUGCAUAUAAGCGUGUUAAUAAAGGUACACAAAUUACAAUAA